CUUUCUGUUUCCUCUCCCCAAUUCCUAAAACCCCUUUUCAUGGCUAAAUCCUGAAAUCUGCGAAAUUCAAAUCUUCAGCUUAGCGAUGUCGAUGACACUCUCAGCUCUCCACUGCAAAACCCCCAUAAACCUCUUCUCACCGACCAAUUCCCCUCGAAUUAACCACAGUAGCCGCUCAUUAUCACUCGCCUCCUCUUCCUUACCAACAAAUGCGAAACCUCUGAACAAGCUAAGAAACCCCCAAAUUUUCUACGGGCCAUUCAAAAAACAUUUUGUUGAAUUUCAGGUAAAAUCUCGUCGAUUUGCAGUGAAUGCACAAUAUGGGAUUGAAUCCAGCGGUAACACGGAGAAAGAAGAAGUCCAGGAUCGUGAGGAGAGCAGUAUGCCUGAAAGAUUUAGACAUUUGACUAAAGAAGUUCCUGCUAAGCCUCUUCGGUGGCCUUGGGUCAUUGCGCUGGCAUUCAUGGCCUACGCCUGGAGGGCUGUUCUAUGGGAACUCUUCAACUGGAAACGGGCUCUCACGGCCAUCGGCCGAUUCUUAGCCUACAUCUCGAAAAUUAUUUUAGCCCUCAUAUUCCGCUUCAUUGGUGACCCACUUACCUCUUCCAUACGAGCAGUCGAGACAGCACUCUACUCCGUUCGAGCUUUCUACUCGAGCAUAAUUUCGCACGCGCCCAUCUCCGAGCUGGCAACCAUCGUCAUGCUGACAUCAGCAGUGCUCGCCGUGGCCGAGACAGCUGUCCCGGAUUCCGUCGACAGCCAGCCGUACAUGCUCACAUUAGCGGGCUUGAUCGGGCUUGCCGCAGUUAGAAACUACAUAACCGAGCUUUUUUUCUGGACUUUACUCGUGGUUCUGUUUUGGUUCAAUAGUUCUGUGAAAGGGAGGGAUUACGUGUCUUCUGCAUUGCCUGUUGCUGCUGUUUUGGUUGCUGUGGGGGAGCCGUGGGUCAGAGUGGUCACGAUGGGCUUGUAUUUGGGCCUGGCUGUGUUUUACCGUUCAAGAAGGCCCGUGGAUUUGAAAGAAGAUGGGGAUGGAGGGGUAAGAAGGAAAAGGGUUCCUCUUCCGCUGCUGUGUGCUGGGCUGGCGAUUGGGGCCCGGGUUGCGGCUAAGUGGGCCGGGUAUCGGCAUCUGACUUGGAUGAUUGUGUAGAUGUGGUUUUUUUUUCUUUAGAAAUACAGAAUUUUUGUCCUGUAUUCUGUUAUCUGUUUUUGUUUGCAUUUUGUGUAUUGUUUUGAAAGGCGCCGGGCUGGCGGGCUUGGAUUAGACUGGAUUACCAUGAAGUUUUCUGUAACUGUGUUUUUACCUUUUAGGUGCAGAACUUGGGUAAGAGGGUAUGCUCCAAUUUUGAGUUUUGAAACAUCUGAAUUAUUUGCAAUUUGGGCAGCAUUUCUUGGGGCAAAAUUCAUAGCACAAAUUCAUGUGUGCAAACAGGCAGCAUUUACCAAUUCAAGCUUCCAAAAAAAUUGACACGAUGGGUGUCUGAUCCAACCCGAGAACCGG